CAAAUUAGCCUCAGUCAGACUCUGAUUUCUGCUUUGGAGCGCCGCGAUUGUGUCUGACGGCGAGCUGCGCACUGUUGCACUUGUACGAUGGCAGCCGAGCUCUCCUCCUCCAUAAACAUUAAAGAACCUCGAUGGGAUCAGGGAACAUUUGUGGGUCGAGCAAAGCAUUUCUUCACUGUCACAGACCCCAGAAAUAUCCUCCUGUCAAAUGAACAACUAGAAAAAGCACGUCAGAUUAUUCAGGAUUACAAACAAGGGGUUGUAAAGCCAGGUCUCAGUGAAGAUGAGCUUUGGCGGGCAAAAUAUGUUUUUGACUCGGCAUUCCAUCCGGACACGGGUGAGAAAAUGCUCCUGAUUGGUCGCAUGUCUGCUCAGGUCCCCAUGAACAUGACCAUCACUGGAUGCAUGAUGACGUUCUAUAGGACAACUCCAGCUGUUCUGUUUUGGCAGUGGAUCAAUCAGUCUUUCAAUGCAAUAGUCAACUACACCAACAGAAGUGGAGAUGCCCCCAUCACUGUAAACCAACUUGGGACAGCAUAUGUAUCAGCCACCACAGGGGCGGUGGUUACUGCUUUAGGACUAAAUGCAUUAGCAAAGCAUGUUUCUCCACUCAUAGGCCGGUUUGUGCCAUUCGCUGCAGUAGCGGCUGCAAACUGUAUCAAUAUUCCACUGAUGAGACAACGGGAACUGAAACACGGCAUUCCAGUAACAGAUGAGAAUGACAAUCGGUUAGGAGAAUCUUCAAAGGCAGCUCAACAGGCCAUUACACAAGUGGUGGUGUCCAGAAUCCUCAUGGCCUCUCCGGGAAUGGCCAUCCCUCCAUUUUUAAUGAACUCCUUGGAAAAGAAGAACUUUCUCAAGAGGUUUCCAUGGAUGAGUGCACCCAUUCAAGUUGGCUUGGUUGGAUUUUGUCUUGUGUUUGCAACUCCAUUGUGCUGUGCAUUAUUUCCACAAAAGAGUUCUAUGGCGGUGAGUCGCUUGGAACCAGAGUUACAGGAAAAGAUUCGAGCCAGUCAUCCUGGAGUAGAGACGGUCUAUUUCAACAAAGGACUGUGAGAAAAAGAUCUGUGAAUCUCCACUUUACUGUAACUGUUUUACUCUCUCAACAUUUUGUUUGUGUGCCAAAGUUCACCGUUCCUCUCCAGGACAUCCCAGCUCAGUCAUUUUGGAAGAGGUUUUGACAUUUUUGACUGUUUAAAUUGUUUUUAAAAGAAAUACAUUUUCUCAUUGCUGAUCUGUGCCAGUCUUUUGUCGGACAUGUGUAUGACGGUGUUUAUUACUGAACAUACAGUACAUGUAGUAUGUUUUAAGUUUGCAAUUGAAUAUGUGUGUGCUGCCUCUUUAUUCAAUGUGCCAUUGAUCGCUAUUUUCAGUAAGGAUCAAAGAUGUCAGAUUAUAUUCUUUCUCCUUUCUAUUCGUAUGUAUUGCAUCGUUGUUAUCAGUAUUCCGUGUUUUAUCUUUUAAUGAGGGUCGCUGUUUAUACAGUAUUGCCAAAUUUCAAAUUCAGUUUUAAGAAAAGUCAUGGGACCUCUAUACAUCAAUCAGCCACAACAUUAAAACCACCUGCCUAACAUUGUGUGGGUCCCCCUCGGGCCACCAAAACAGCGCCAACCCACAUCUCAGACUAUCAUUCUGAGAUGUUAUUCUUCUCACCACAAUUGUACAGAGUGGUUAUCUGAGUUACUGUAGACUUUGUCAGUUUGAACCAAUCUGGCCAUUCUCCGUUGACCUCUCUCAUCAACAAGGCAUUUCCUGCCGCAGAACUGCCAUUCACUGGACGUUUUUUGUUUUUGGCAACAUUCUGAGUAAAUUCUAUAGACAGUUGAUCUAGGAGGUCAGCAGUACAGAAAGACACAAACCAGCCCGUCUGGCACCAUCAAUCAUCCAUGUGAUUAUCUAAUCUGCCAAUCGUGUGGCAGCAGCGCAGUGCACAAAAUCAUUCAGAUAUGAGUCAGGAGCUUCAGUUAAUGUUCACAUCAACCAUCAGAAUGGGGAAGAAAUUUUGAUCUUAGUGAUUUGGACUGUAGCAUGAUUGUUGGUGCCAGAUGGACUGGUUUGAGUAUUUCUGUAACUGCUGAUCUCCUGGGAUUUUCUCGCACAACAGUCUCUAGAAUUUACUCAGAAUGAUGCCAAAAACAAAAAACGUCCAGUGAGCGGCAGUUCUGUGGAUGGCCUUGUUAAUGAGAGAGGUCAACAAAGAAUGGACAGAUUGGUUCGAAUUGAUAACUCAGAUAAAGAAUAGUGUAACAGGUAAAGGAUGGGCAAGGAGGAGGCGCUUGAACUGGCUGAACAGUCAACAUAAUCUUUAAUGAUAUAAAUGAACUUAAAACAUAAGGACAGAGACACAUACAUGCAGCGCGGCCACGUGCAUCUCUCUCCCUCAAACUGGUGUCUCCGGCUCCCCUUUAUCUCGCUCUCCCACUGAUCAUCUGAUUCAGCGUCCACAGCCUGGCCACGCCCUCCUCCACAUCAGAAUACUAUUCUGAGAUGCGUUUUGGCGCCACGAGGGGGACCUACACAAUAUUAGGCAGGUGGUUUUAAUGUUGUGGCUGAUCGGUGUAUGUCAAUAGUGCAAUCAGUUUAAUUCAUUGCCAAAUCCAGACCUCUGCUGCACAUUCCUUAGAUGCAAAUGUAAUAAAUAGACAGUAUAGCAUGGAUUUAAAGAAUAGGUUUAUCUAUUUUACUAUCCUCAGUAUUUUUUAGUUCAAACCGUUAGAAUGUUAUACAAGAACUGAUGAAUAGUGUGUACAGUAUUUCUUUUAUUUACCAACCAUGCAUGAACAAACGUUUUGUAAGUGAAAAUAGUAUGAGGUUAAAGUUCAAAGUGUUUGUAUUGACUGUUCCAAAGUCCACUUCUCUAGCAGUUCAAGUGAAGGAAACACACAGACCUUGUUAAGGUAUUCACACACAACAGUCUACAUGAAAUUAACUUGAACAAUCUAACAAUAUAAUAACUGAUGGAACUCAAAAACUAAUUUUGACCAAGCACACAAUCCAAAUAGUAUUUAUUUCUUGCUAGUGUGACUCUUUCCAAUUAUGAUGUGGUACGUUGCCUUUCCUUGUAAUCCGGUCCUGCUGGUUUGCCAAUUCUAUUUUUAAAGUAUAUGAUUUUUUGGGUUGUUAAUCUUUGUGAACUUUCUGUUUAAUGGACAAAGUCUUCAUGUGUUGUAUUCAUGUAUGUUUAAUGUAUUAAUAUGAAACCUUGAAACUGUAUGGAGAAAGCAAAAGCAGCUCUAGUUAGCUGUGUGUUGACCGGUCUGACCUUUGUUGUUGUGAAACUUGAUGUGCCACAUUUGUUAAGUUCAUGAAUGCAGUCUGUUUAAUUGUGACUAAAGCACAACAGUGCUUGUUCAAGGUCCUCUGAAGGUUUCCCAUUUUCUUUAAGCAGUCUCUGUGGAAAAGGAUGGAUAUGGAACAAUUUAUGUUUUUUAUUUUUUGAUAAUUAUUUUUGGGACAAAUUAUAUAUGGAUGGACCCCUUCUCCACUGGGUCCAAUGAGGAUGUUAUAUCAAGAGGACCGUUAUGGGCCCCAGUCAUCUUGAAAGCAUUAGGAUCUUUUGACAAGAAAGCACAUCUUUUCUUUUUAAAACACCUUUAAGAGGUAAUUAUUAUACCUCUUAUAAUUAUAAUUAUAUAUUAGGUAAAAUACUCUGAAUACAAUAUUUCCCUUGACUAGAAUACAUUCCCUUGUGUAAUGAACACAGCACAAAACUGUUUAUGAAAUAAAUAAUUCAUCAAGGCAUCUGCACACUUGGCACAAAAUGAGAAUACUUUGAGGUGGCAGGGGUGAUUAACCGGACUACUCUUUAAAUGAACAGGUUGCUAUAAUUCACACAAUAAUUUGUUUGCAGCGAACGAGAUGGGUGUAAGAUUUUUAAGAUUCAUGUUUUAAAUCGGUUCUUUUUAAUUUUACAGUGUGGGAAAAUAUUACACUGUGUAGAUGACAUUGUAUUGUGUGGAUUACGUUAAUGAAAUAAAGAGUAUUACAAAGCAAUGAAUCUUUUUAUUACUGCACAGGCUAUGCAGUCAGCUGCCCCAUGGCCAACAGCAAGGGCCUGUCCUCGUUAAAUAACACACGUUAACCAGCGCAAUAUCAACUUGAUU